GCAGUCUAUAAAUAUAUUGGCAAUGAUACAUGUGGGAGGCUAAAUUAACCCAAAAUCCCUAAAUUUGUGACAGCUUUGUUUAGUGGCUAAAAAAACCAGCCAAAAAUAAUGAUUUUGUAAAAUAAAUUAAUAAACAAAUAUGAGUGAAUUAUUUAAGUCUGCUUUUGAAUACUUUAGUGGUCCUACGAACGGACAAAGUGAUAAUAGUUUUGUUGGACAAAUUGUAGAGGUAUCAAACGUAAAAUUAAGGAUUAAAAAAGUCAUAGCUGAAGGUGGUUUUGCUGUUGUCUUUGUGGCUCAGGAUGUUAAUAGUGGCAAAGACUAUGCUUUAAAGAGGCUACUAGCUGCCGACGAAGAAGCUAAAAAUAACAUUAUGAAGGAAAUAAAUAUACUUAAGAAAGUUUCUGGACAUCCUAAUAUAAUACAGUAUUUAUCGGCUUCAUUUAUAGAUAAAUCUCAAACUUCGCACAACCAGAGCGAAUUUCUUUUAGUUACUGAUUUGUGUCCAGGAGGAUCCUUAGUUGAAAUUUUACAAGCACGUACAUCAGCUUUAGAUAUUGAAACGAUCACAAGAGUAUUUUAUCAAACGUGCAAGGCUGUUUCGCAUAUGCACUCCCAAGUACCACCGAUUAUACAUAGGGAUUUGAAGAUUGAAAACUUGCUAAUUAGCGGCGACAGUACUAUAAAAUUAUGCGAUUUUGGUUCUGCUACCGCUGAUAUUUAUCGACCUGACUUGUCCUGGUCCGCCAAUCAGCACUCCAGCCUAGAAGAAAACAUGGCAAGAUUCACCACACCGAUGUAUAGAGCUCCUGAAAUGGUAGACACCUGGAACAAUUAUUACGUAGGGCCCCCAGUAGACAUUUGGGCACUAGGAUGCAUAUUGUACAUGCUCUGCUAUAUGAAACAUCCCUUCGAAGACAGUGCUAAGCUGAGGAUUAUUAACGCCAACUACACAUUACCGUCGGAUUCGAAAUUUUUUUGUUUCCAUGACAUAAUUAGAGGCUGUUUGCAAGCGAAUCCCGAACAUAGAUUAACGAUUGCUGCCGUAUUGGAACGAGUGGCUGCGAUAGCAGAGUCGAACGGUUUCAAUCUGAGGGCACCGCUUAUAUUUCAACAGAAAAGUGAUAUAGAUUCAAAUCAUUUAGAUGGAGGCUACAGCAACGGUCUGAAGCAAGCACCACCUAGGCCUGUACCCCCUCAGGAACCCCCUAGGCCUCCACAAGUUCCACAGAGGCCAGCGCCACCACCGCAGAAGCCCACAAUCUCAACGCCUCAAAAACAGCCAGACGUUAAGCAGUCCGGUUUAUUUUCGUCACUAAAAGGAGGUGCGGGGAGUUUCUUGAAAAAUCUCAAGGAUACUAGUUCUAAAGUAAUGGCAACUAUGCAACAGACCAUGGCCAGAACUGACUUAGAUAUAAGUUACGUAACGUCGAGAAUUAUCGUGAUGCCUUUUCCUUCGGAGGGAUUCGAGUCCACUUAUAGAACUAAUCACAUUGAGGACGUAAGACUGUUUUUGGAUUCUCGACAUCCAAAUUUCAAAUACUCAGUAUAUAACUUAUCACAUAGGCCUUAUCAGGGGAAGUUCGGACAGGCGAGGAUAGUGGAUUGUUCGUUCGCCUAUCCCGAACAUUUUAAGGCGCCUCUGUUGAAUUCGCUUUAUCAACUGUGCGAGGAUAUUUUCCAGUAUUUGGCGGGGGAUAGCAGGAACGCGGUAGUUAUACAUUGCACGGAUGGAAAAGCAACGUCCUCUACGUUGGUGUGUGGUUUGCUCAUAUACGCCGGACUGUUCGAAGUUCCCGAGGACGCCCUUCAGAUGUUCGCCGUGAAACGAUGCCCACCUAAUAUGCGGCCUUCCGAGCUUAGGUACCUCUAUUAUUUGGCUGACAUCGUCAGGGAUCCCCCGUUGUACCCGCAUUACAAGCCCGUGACUCUAGUCUCGCUGCAGCUGCAACCUGUGCCAUUGUUUACGAAAAUUCGUGACGGAUGUCGCCCUUACUUGGAGGUGUUUAGCGAAAAUAGAUGUGUUUUGUCCACUUUACAGGAUUACGAACGCAUGAGAUUGUACAAUAUAGUCGAGGGAAAGUGUCUUCUACCAGUCAACACCAUGGUCUGUGGAGAUGUUUGUAUAGUAGUUUAUCACGCCAGAAAUAUUUUAGGGGGAGUCAUGACGCAGGGAAAGGCAAUGGGAAUUAAAAUUUGCCAAAUGCAAUUUCACACAGGGUACAUAUCGGAGGAGGAAACUUGCCUACAAUUUAUAAA